CUUUCUCCGGCUCACCUGCCCCCCUUCACGGUCCUACCCUCCGUCAACAGCACGCUGGCAGGCGCCCGGCGGGGCUUUUGUCCGCACCCUGAAGGGCCAGCGGGCCAGGUCUCCAACCCGCCGAGAUGUUGGGCUAAACCUGUUGUCGUUCCUCCCCGCUCAGCAACAUCUCCUUUCCCAAAAUCCACCUUCAUUAUGUCGGCAGCUCUCAAGGCUCGCAACCUCAUCGCCGUCAUCGGUGACCAUGAUACCGUGACCGGUAUGCUGCUUGCCGGCGCCGGCAACGUCGACAUCAACAACAACUCCAACUUCCUGGUUGUCUCCUCCAAGACCCCUGUCGACGAGAUCGAGAAGGCCUUCAACAAGUUCACCACUCGCCGCGACAUCUCGGUUGUCCUCAUUACCCAGCCCGUCGCCGAGGAUAUCCGCUACCUGGUGGACAAGUACGACCGCCCGAUCCCCGCCGUCCUGGAGAUCCCCAGCAAGGAGACCCCCUACGACCCCUCCAAGGAUUCCAUUAUGCGUCGUGCCCAGAGCAUGAUCAGCUCCGACUAAGUGGGGCCGCCGAAGGCGGAAGAGGGCGGGAACUUACUCCAUAUCCGCUCUCCUGCCUGCCACGAGUAUGACUUAGGUACAUACACACACGCAUAUAUAUAUAUAUGUGUAUAUAUGUGCACGCAUGAACAUGCUUCCCCACCGCAUCCCCAGACCUCAAAUAAAUAUAAAUCACAAACAACA